AAUGUCAACAAUAUUCGUGAAAUAUGUUUCGAAAAAGACCAAAUGUGUCCAGUGGUUUCCUACUAUAGACUUAGCGACAGAUAGACCACGAUAUUUUGUAACAGGAAGCUGGGAUAAUAGACCGCAAAAUGAAAUUUCUUUAUGGCAAAUUGAAGGGGAAGCAGAAAUCGAAGAUUUGUCCAAAAUACAAUCUGUUGUAACUAACGGUGAUAUAAAUAAUUUACAGUUUUUAAAGGCUGAUCUGCUGUUAGCAGCAUGUUCAAAGAAAUCAGUCUCCGUCUUCCAAGUCUCAGAUAACCGACUCGAGCAUCGAAACGACAUUGCUCUAAGCAAAGAAGACAUUUGUACCAGUUUAAUAUCUAGGAAGGAUGGAUUAGUUGUAUGUGGAACCGAGCACGGUCAAAUAUUUGCUUUUACUAUUGAAAACAGUGACAAAUUACAAACUUUACAAAAUGAAGAUGAUUGUGUAAUAAAUGACAUACAACUUGCUGAUCAGCAUCAAGUUGUGGCAGCAACGUCUUCUGGUCAACUGAAAUUGUGGGAUUUGAGAGAUAAAGGUUCAAAAGCUCAGCUCUAUGUUCAGGAAAAUGAUUGGAGCGCUUUAUGGUGUAUUGACAAGCAUCCUGCACAACAGCACGUUAUUGCGGGUGGUACAAGUGACGGAGCAAUCUGUAUCUGGGAUCUUAGGCAACCUAAAUUACCUUCUGCUAAAGUUGAGGCACAUAUAGGAGAUGUUCUGGAUAUUCAAUAUCAUCAAUCUCAACCUGAUCAUUUAUUUACUUGCUCAUCCGAUGGCGAAAUUUGGCACUGGGAUGCAUCUAAUAUUCAAAAUUCACAAGACUCACAAGCUUUGAGUACACCCUGGUUAGCCUGCGAUACAGCAAAACGUCGAAUUGAAAUAACGAAUCUGUGGCAGAGUUAUCAACUUCCCAUAAAUUGCUUAAAUGUUGUAAAUAAUAGUUUAAUAGCUGGUAGUGACAACGAAGCUUUGGCUAUUUGUAACAUAAUCAUUAGAUAA